AGUUCCGCGAAUACCACAUCGAAAAGAGGCUCAUUAGAUUGAAUCCAAAAUGGCGCACCGAAAAACACGAUUCUAAUUCGAUUUCGGCAGUUUAGCAGCGUUAAUUCAGUUAAUAGAUAUGGAUGAGGAUGAUUUAGAAGAAAUGCGGGCAUUAAGAGGUGCAUCUAGGUACCAAGCAUCCGAUGCCUUUCAAAGAAGUUUGCAUCAACCAGAUGAGGAUAUUACUCAAAAAAGAAAUUUAAAAGAUUCAAAAGCAGCAAGUGCAAAUAUAAAUGAAGAAGAAAUGAUGCAAAGGAUGAUGGGAUUUGCUGGCUUUGGUAAAGUAGAUACUAAACAGAGAGAGUUUGAAGAUGGCCUGCGGUCGGCUAAAAGGCUCGAAAAAGAGAAGACAAAAGCCGAAAGAGACGAGGGACUGACUGAAAAAGAUAGCACUGAUGAAGAAUCAGAAAGUGAAGGAGAAAUCAUUGGCCCGAUGCCAGUACCUCAACCACCAACUCAGAAACAAUCACACAAUGAUUCAAUGAUAUCAAGAAGUAACACUUGGAACAGUAAAGAAAGAACUGAUGACAUUGAUGAUCAUGAUGAUGAUGAUGAUGAAUCCGACGACGACGACGACCUGGUCAUAAAAAUUCCUUCGUCCCAUGAGAUAACGUUGGAGCAUGGUAAUAAAAUGAUCUCUGCAAUGACACUUGAUCCAUCUGGUUCCCGUCUCGUUACUGCUGGAUAUGAUUACGAGAUGAAAUUUUGGGACUUCAAUACGAUGGAUGUUCACUUGAAGCCGUUUCGAAGCUUGACUCCUAUGGAAAGUCAUGGAAUUAGGACUAUAAGAUACAGCGCAGCUGGGGAUAUGGUAUUAAUAGCAGCUGGAAAUUCUCAGGCUAAAGUGCUUGAUCGAGACGGACAUCAGAUCUACGAAUGCAAAAAGGGAGAUCAAUACAUUGUUGACAUGACAAAUACCAAGGGUCAUGUUGCUAUGCUAAAUGCUGGUUGUUGGGAUCCAAAGAGCCCUGGUGAAUUCAUUACUUGCUCUGAUGAUGGCACAGUUCGACUUUGGGACGUCAAUGAUGUUAGAAGAAACAAGAAGGUUGUUAAAACUAAAAAUAAACAAGCAAGAAAGACAGGGGCCACAUUUUGCACUUUUAGCAAUGAUGGAAAGAUAAUAGUUGCUGCAUGUCAGGAUGGUUCCAUACAAGCAUGGGACACACGAAAACCCUUUGUACAUACAACAUUUUGUAACCGUGAGGCUCACGCAAAUGGCACCAGCACGUCCUGUCUCACUUUCGCGUAUGACAACAAUGAGUUUGCGUCAAGAGGAGGCGACGAUACAUUGAAAACCUGGGAUUUAAGAAAUUUCAAGAAGCCAGUAAACAUUGUCAAGAACUUGGUUUCUUUCUACGACGUUUCUAAAUGUACAUAUAGUCCUGACGAUAGAAUGGUUAUAGCUGGGACGUCAGUAAAAAAGAACCAGGGCGAUGGAAAGCUAGUAAUUUUUGAUCGGACAAAUCUCGGGAUACUAAGAGAAAUUUCUGUUGGAAACGCAAGUGCUGUUAGCUGUCUGUGGCAUCCAAAGCUGAAUCAAAUCUUUGCAGGUUGUUCAAAUGGUAACAUAAAAGUUUGCUUUGAUCCAGAAAAGAGCAGAAAUGGAGCGACGCUAUGUGUUGGCAAAGUAAAAAAGAAGCGGAUCGAUCCUGGGGAACAAAUGAUCAAGAGCCAAAUCAUAACUCCCCAUGCAUUGCCAAUGUUCCGAGAAAAACGAGCAAAAAGCAUGAAGAAAGUAAAGCAGGAGAUGAGGGGAGAUACGACCUUGUCAAAAAAGCCAGACCCACCCGUUACUGGACCAGGCUCUGGAGGGAGAAUCAGAGAAGGCAUGAGUCUGUCUGGCUUUGUUGUCAAACAAAUCGCGUUAUCUAAAAUGGACGAUUCCAACCCCAGAGAGGCGAUAUUGAAGCACGCUAAGGCAACAGAGGAGAAUCCGCAUUACGUCACACCGGCAUAUACAAGGACACAACCAAAACCAGUGUUUCAAAAUCCUGAUGAAGAAAGUGACAGUGAUGAAGAAUCCGAAAAGAAGAGGCCACGUCUACUUUAAUGUUGGUUUUCUAAGGAUGUGACGGAAAAGUUGAACAGCGCUAACAAACUGCUCAUCAUACAAAGGCAAUAUUCUAUUCUGUCUAUGAACGAGCUUGCAGCCGCAUAGGUUCGCAAAUUAUGCCUCUCUGCUUCAAGGUUAUUAAAACUACUUUUGAGCGAAACGCAGUUUUGAGAACAGUUCUUUUGCCUGUGAUAUAUUUUCGGUUUUGAUACCAGAUAAAGUUUAUUUAACUCCAGAAAGAGUGGUUAAUUGUUGAGAUAACUUAGAAGUAGAAAAAGGUUAACGAUUUUAAGGGAUACAAAAAAAGUAAGACAUUUUGAAGCAGACUACACUCUUUUUUAUAAGAACUAGUAAAUUGAAGUUUUUUUCUGAGGCUAGAUUGUUCUUAAUUUGCCGGCUUCGUUUGCCAACAAAGUCAAUGAGACAUCCUUUUUUGUCGACAAGUUUGAAAAUUCACAAGCACCCCAGAUGGCAAAAGACUCGUUUUUGAGAUGAAAGAUUGUUAAAAAUAAAAUUUUAUAGUAGUAGCUCAGCCUCAGCUUGUUGAAAGGGGCCAAAACAAUCUGCGUGGCCCUUUUCCUCUACAAU